AAAAAUAGGAAACCUGACCCACACGAAUGCUAGUCUUCUGAAGAUGCUGAUGACCUAAGGGCAAGCGGCAUCGCCUUCAGUUGCUCGAAUCCUAUAAAAGCUUCUUCUUUCCUUAUUCUUUUCUGAUUUCCUCGCUUAACCACAUCAAUGGCAACCCCAGUUCCGCCCAAGCCAUGGAAAGCGGAGUACGCAAAGUCUGGGAGAUCCUCCUGCAAGAGCUGCAAGAGUGCCAUUGACAAGGACAAUCUCAGGCUCGGCAAGAUGGUUGUCGCCACUCAGUUCGACGGAUUCAUGCCUCUGUGGCAUCAUGCUGGUUGCAUCUUAAAGAAGGCAAACCAAAUCAAAACAUUUGAUGACGUUGAAGGUUUAGACUUGCUUCGGUGGGAAGAUCAACAAAAAAUCCGAAAAUAUGUGGAGGGCCUAACCUCUGCUACACCCAAUGCUAGUAAUGAUGAAAGCACCAUUGAAGUUUCGCAAACUUCUCGUGCUUCCUGUAAACGUUGCGGCGAGAAGAUUAUGAAAGGAAUGGUCCGCAUUUCAACCAAGCUUGAGGGUAAGGGUUCCAAAGGUUUGACUUGGCAUCAUAUUAACUGUUUCAGAGAGAUAUUUCCAUCACUCGAUAUCAAGAAAGUUUCUGGUUGGGACGACUUACCUUUGCAAGAUAAAGAAACCAUAUCAGCAGUAUAUAAGAAAGAUCCAAGUACUGCCAAAAGAGUGCAAGGUACAAAAGAGGAGGCCUUGCAAAAAGCAACUUCAAGAGAAACCAAGCGCAGGAAAUUUGAAAGUGAUCAGAAGAUCUCAAAAAAUUCUAUAUCUGAUGGAAAAGAAUCAAGUGGCUCUAAUACGGAUCUGGAAAGAAAGCUAGAAGAGCAAAACAGGGCUUUGUGGGCUAUUAAAGAUGAGCUUAAGAAGCAGGUUACCACUCAAGAACUACGUGAAAUGCUUGAAGUAAACGAACAAGAUUCAGCAGGAUCAGAAUAUGAUCUACGAGAGCGUUGUGCUGAUGGAAUGCUGUUUGGAGUGCUUGGGAAAUGCCCUUUAUGUUCCGGCUCUCUGCAUUAUUCCGGAGCCCAGUAUCGCUGCCAUGGCUAUUUGUCAGCAUGGAGCAAGUGUUCAUACUCAACUACUGAACCUGUGCGUCUGAAGAAGAAAUGGGGAAUUCCAGAGGGCACAUGUAAUGAGUACCUUUUAAAGUGGUUCAAGUCACAAAAGGCUAAAAAACCCAACAGAGUACUUCCUCCUCAAUCAUCUUCUAAUUAUCCGGGUAACAUAUCCAGUAGCAAGCAGUCUCAGUCAUCUACUAGUGAAAGAUUGGAGGAUUUGAAAAUUGCUCUAACUGGAGAAUCUCGGAAGGCAGUGGAGGAUUUGAAGCAGAAGCUUGAAGAGCAUGGAGGAAAGGUUCAUGCAAAGGUUAACAAAGAUACUAGCUGUUUGAUUGCAUGUGGAGCGGCGCAAGUUUCGGAUCCCGAAAUUAAAAAAGCCAGGAGGAUGAAAGUGCCAAUUGUACGGGAAGAUUACCUUGGUGAAUGUAUUGAGAAACAGAAGAAGCUUCCUUUUGAAUUGUAUAAGGUGGAAGUGUCCGGUGAGAACAUGAGUGGCAUGGUCACUGUCAAAGUGAAGGGGCGCAGUGCUGUGCAUGAGACCUCUGGCCUGCAAGAUUCAGGUCAUAUUCUUGAUGAUGGCAAGAGCAUCUAUAACACAACUUUGAACAUGUCUGACCUAUCAACUGGGAUCAAUAGCUAUUACAUACUUCAGGUCAUUGAAGAGGACAAAGGGCCCGAUUGUUAUGUAUUCCGUAAAUGGGGAAGGGUUGGAAAUGAUAAAAUUGGUGGGAGUAAAUUGGAAGAAAUGUCAAAAUCUGAAUGCAUUAUGACAUUUAAACGUCUCUUUCUUGAAAAAACUGGAAACCCGUGGGAGGCAUGGGAGCAAGGGAGCUUUGAAAAGCAACCUGGAAGAUUUUGUCCUCUUGACAUUGAUUAUGGGGUUAAACCAGUAUCAAAAAAGAAAGAUCCCAAUAAUAGGAAGAGCAAUCUUGCUUCUCAAGUGCAAAGCCUGAUGAAGAUGCUUUUCAAUGUUGAGACAUACAGAGCUGCUAUGCUGGAGUUUCAAAUUGACAUGACUGAAAUGCCUCUCGGAAAGCUUAGUAAAAAGAGCAUUCACAAGGGUUUUGAAGCCUUAACAGAAAUACAAAAUUUAUUAAAUAAUAGCAAUGGCCAUGAACCAACUGUUAGAGAAAGCUUGCUUGUUGAUGCCAGCAAUCGUUUCUUCACUCUUAUUCCCUCCAUCCACCCGCAUGUCAUAAGAGGCGAAGAUGAUUUGAAGGCGAAGGUGAAAAUGUUAGAUGCUCUUCAAGACAUAGAAAUAGCUUCCAGGCUAGUUGGUUUUGAUGAAGAAAAUGAUGAGACACUGGACGAGAAAUACAUGAAGCUCCAAUGUAAAAUUUCUCCAUUGCCUCAUGAUAGUGAAGAUUUUCAGAUGAUUGAGAAGUAUCUUCUUACUACCCAUGCUCCUACACAUGAGGAUUGGAGCCUUGAAUUGGAGGAGGUUUUUGCACUUGAGAGGGAGGGAGAAUUUGACAAAUAUGCAACUUAUAGAGGCAAACUGAAGAAUAAAAUGCUCUUGUGGCAUGGUUCUAGACUGACAAACUUUGUUGGAAUUCUCAACCAAGGAUUGAGAAUAGCACCUCCAGAAGCUCCAGUGACUGGAUACAUGUUUGGAAAAGGAGUUUAUUUUGCUGAUCUUGUGAGCAAGAGUGCACAGUAUUGUUACGUUGACAAGAAGGAUCCAGUAGGACUAAUGCUACUCAGUGAGGUUGCUCUGGGAGAGAUGUACGAGCUGAAGAAAGCUACGUACAUGGAAAAACCACCAAAGGGAAAGCAUUCAACAAAAGGCCUGGGCAAGACUGUUCCUCUGGAGUCAGAGUUUGUCAAGUGGAGAGACGUGACUGUCCCUUGUGGGAAGCCAGUGCCCUCUUCAGUUCGAGCAUCAGAGCUCAUGUACAAUGAGUACAUUGUUUAUAAUACCGCACAGAUAAAGAUGCAGUUCUUAUUGAAGGUGAGAUUUCAUCACAAGAGGUGAAGGAAAUAUGGUCAGACAAAAUGUUUUGGCUUAUAGUCUUUUGUUUUGGGGAAUUAUGGGGGGAUAAGAUACAUGAAUCAACUUCAAUUAAACACUCAGUCUUGCC